CGGGAACCGACCCCGAGUCCCUCCAGCCAUUUGUGAACCAGAAGGCUUGAAAUUCGCCAGUGCGGAGCUCCACACGGGCUUCAAAGCAAAGGAAAGCCAAUGGAUUGUGGUCUUAAAAACCCUGCAUAGAUGAUGUCUGUUUUCCGUACUCUAAACACGUGGUAGAGCUGUAAGUAAACGCUCCUCACUGAAUGAUGAAUUGGAUGGCUGCAGAUCGGAGACAAAACAAAUAAUUGUCUCAUUUUCGUGGUGAUUUGCUUAACUGGUGGGACCAUGCCAGAACGGCUAGCGGAAAUGCUCUUGGAUCUCUGGACUCCAUUAAUAAUAUUAUGGAUCACUUUCCCCCCUUGCCUUUACAUGGCUCCAAUGAAUCCGUCUCAAGUUUUAAUGAGUGGAUCUCCUUUGGAACUAAGCCGGCUGAGGGAAGAACAGCGGAUUUUGAACCGCUCCAAAAGAGGCUGGGUUUGGAAUCAAAUGUUCGUCCUGGAAGAGUUUUCUGGACCUGAACCGAUUCUUGUUGGCCGGCUACACACAGACCUGGAUCCUGGAAGUAAAAAAAUCAAGUAUAUCCUGUCAGGUGAUGGAGCUGGGACAAUCUUUCAAAUAAAUGAUGCAACUGGAGAUAUCCAUGCUAUAAAAAGACUUGACAGAGAGGAAAAGGCUGAGUACACUUUAACAGCUCAGGCUGUGGACUGGGAGACAAACAAACCUCUUGAGCCACCUUCUGAAUUUAUUAUUAAAGUUCAAGACAUCAACGACAAUGCACCAGAGUUUCUUAAUGGACCCUAUCAUGCUACUGUUCCAGAGAUGUCCAUUUUAGGUACGUCUGUCACUAAUGUCACAGCUACUGACGCCGAUGACCCAGUUUAUGGAAACAGUGCAAAGUUGGUUUAUAGCAUCUUGGAAGGGCAGCCUUAUUUCUCCAUUGAGCCUGAAACAGCUAUUAUAAAAACUGCCCUUCCCAAUAUGGACAGAGAAGCUAAGGAGGAGUACCUGGUCGUGAUCCAAGCCAAAGAUAUGGGUGGACACUCUGGUGGCCUCUCUGGGACCACCACAUUGACAGUCACCCUCACCGAUGUGAAUGACAAUCCUCCAAAAUUUGCACAGAGUCUGUAUCACUUUUCGGUACCCGAGGAUGUGGUUCUUGGCACUGCCAUCGGAAGGGUCAAGGCCAACGAUCAGGACAUUGGGGAAAAUGCACAAUCCUCAUAUGACAUUAUCGAUGGAGAUGGAACAGCGCUCUUCGAGAUCACGUCCGAUGCCCAGGCCCAGGAUGGCAUAAUACGAUUAAGAAAGCCGCUGGACUUUGAGACCAAAAAAUCCUAUACACUGAAGGUCGAGGCAGCCAAUGUCCAUAUUGAUCCACGAUUCAGUGGUAGGGGACCCUUUAAAGAUACGGCCACUGUGAAGAUUGUGGUUGAAGACGCUGAUGAGCCUCCUGUCUUCUCUUCACCAACUUACCUCCUCGAAGUUCAUGAAAAUGCUGCUCUGAACUCUGUGAUCGGUCAAGUGACUGCUCGUGACCCUGAUAUCACUUCCAGCCCUAUAAGGUUUUCCAUCGACCGGCACACUGACCUGGAGAGACAGUUCAAUAUUAAUGCAGAUGAUGGGAAGAUAACACUGGCAACUCCACUUGACAGAGAAUUAAGUGUGUGGCAUAACAUCACAAUCAUUGCUACUGAAAUUAGGAACCACAGUCAGAUAUCACGUGUGCCUGUUGCUAUUAAAGUGCUGGAUGUCAAUGACAACGCCCCUGAAUUCGCAUCCGAAUAUGAGGCAUUUUUAUGUGAAAAUGGAAAACCCGGCCAAGUCAUACAAACAGUAAGUGCGACAGACAAAGACGAGCCCAAAAAUGGACAUUAUUUCUUAUACAGUCUCCUCCCGGAAAUGGCCAACAAUCCUAAUUUCACCAUCAAGAAAAAUGAAGAUAAUUCUCUGAGUAUUUUGGCAAAGCAUAAUGGAUUCAACCGGCAGAAGCAAGAAGUUUAUCUUUUACCAAUCGUGAUCAGUGAUAGUGGGAAUCCACCGCUGAGCAGCACCAGCACCCUGACGAUCCGGGUCUGUGGUUGCAGCAAUGAUGGUGUUGUCCAGUCUUGUAAUGUGGAAGCUUACGUCCUUCCCAUUGGACUCAGUAUGGGAGCCUUAAUUGCCAUAUUAGCCUGUAUCAUUUUGCUGCUCGUCAUCGUGGUGCUGUUUGUAACACUGAGGCGGCAUAAAAACGAGCCAUUAAUUAUCAAAGAUGACGAAGACGUUCGAGAAAACAUCAUUCGCUACGACGACGAAGGAGGAGGCGAGGAGGACACCGAGGCUUUUGACAUUGCAACUUUACAAAACCCAGAUGGAAUUAAUGGAUUUUUACCCCGUAAGGAUAUUAAACCAGAUUUGCAGUUUAUGCCAAGGCAAGGGCUUGCUCCAGUUCCAAAUGGUGUUGAUGUCGAUGAAUUUAUAAAUGUAAGGCUUCAUGAGGCAGACAAUGACCCUACAGCCCCGCCCUACGACUCCAUUCAGAUUUAUGGCUAUGAAGGCCGAGGGUCUGUGGCGGGCUCCCUGAGCUCUCUGGAGUCCACCACAUCAGACUCAGACCAGAAUUUUGACUACCUCAGUGACUGGGGUCCCCGCUUUAAGAGACUGGGCGAACUCUACUCUGUUGGUGAAAGUGACAAAGAAACUUGACAGUGGAUCAUAAAUCAAUCAAUGGAACUGAGCAUUCUGUAAUAUUCUAGGGUC